AUGGCGCGAGACACCACGCCUCUGCUCCCCCGCCCUCUCAAUGGCCCUCUUCCUUUUCCUGUGCCGCAUCGUGUGCAAGAUCAUGCCCCGCAUCUUCGAGCCUGCCACUCGCCGUGGAACUGGAUGCCCCAGCGUCGCCUCGUCAAUCUCCGUGGCCUCGCCCUAGCCUUCCUCACCAGCACCGGUGUCGGGGCAUACUGGUUCAAGUUUACCGAGUUCCGCGAUCAUUCAAUCUGGUUUCUCGCCUUUCACUUUGGCACUAUCGCCUAUGUCCUCGCUGUCGUCUUCCAUUUGAUCGUAUUUGGGUGGGCAUUUACCCAUCUAUACUAUCCUGAUGGCGAGAGAUUUACGAAGGGGGUCGAGUCUUUGGCUGUCCGCGCCUUUUCUCUGCCGUCAAAUCUCGGCAGCCCGCGCAAGCAAUUUUGGUUCCAUUUCUUCUACACGACAACCACGGUUUUUGCUUUCAUGAGUGCUGCUUUGUACUGGCUUGUGACGCGUCCACACAAUCCACAGGCUACCAUGGUUGGAGGACCAAUCACGGAUUUGCUUGGAGAGGGCUGGUUCAAGUCGUUUGCCAUGUUCACCUUGUACACCACGCCUGCCAUCACCAUGCUUAUCGAGACAAUCUUCUUCAAUAGUAUCAAGACACCACAGUCUCUCGGCUCACAUGUUCUCGGACUAGUCUCCAUGUCAGGCUUGUACCUACCCUGGGCAGCGCUUGGGGGCCACUUGACGGGCUGCUACCCUUUUUUCUGGCUCAAUCCCGACUUUGUUGGAUCAAAAGAGGCUGUCGCUCUGUACUGCUUGGGCUUCUUGGGGCUUGCUCCCUUGAAUCUAGUGUUUUUGUUGAAACAAGUUGUUAUCGCUUUGAGGGAGCGCAUGACGCGAUCCCCACCGACAAGCGUUUAA